AUGACGACCUCGACUGGGACCGGGUGGGCACAGCUCCGACAGCAGGCCCGGUCUCUAGAGACUCAGACCGAGUCGCUGUUUCAUUCAUAUGCCCAGUAUGCUUCCAUGAGCCAUCUUCCAGCGAAGCCGUCGGAGGACGAAACUAGGCUGGAGGGCCAGAUUCGGGACAUCCUAGCCAGACGAGAAACCCUUAUAUCACAACUAGCCCGUCUUCUAGACUCCGAGUCCGCCCUGACCGCCUCCGCAUUAAAGCAGAACAACCUCUCUCGUCACCGAGAGGUUCUCCUCGACCAUCGUCAAGAAAUCAAGCGCCUGAAAGCUACUAUAUCCGACACUCGAGACCGUGUGAAUCUGCUUUCGAAUGUCAGGUCAGAUAUAAAUGCGUACCGCGCAUCGAACCCUUCCGCAGCGGAGGCAGACUACAUGCUCGAGGAAAGAGGACGGCUAGACAGCAGUCAUAACAUGAUGGACAACGUCCUGAGCCAGGCGUAUGCCGUCAACGAAAGUUUUGGUUUACAGCGAGAGACUCUAGCAAGCAUCAACCGGCGAAUCGUCGGUGCUGCGUCCCAGAUACCGGGCGUCAAUAACCUGAUCAACAAGAUCGGUGCCAAGAGAAGACGAGACGGUAUUAUUCUAGGCAGCUUUAUUGGAAUAUGCUGUUUAAUGUUGUUUUUCUUCAGGUAA